CACGGUAUUUUGCUGUUGCACAAUAGGAUUGUAACUCAAUUGCAUGCGCUCUUUAUUUUGCCAACGAAAUAACGGUUCCCAAUAUUUGUGUGAUUAGAAAGCACAGCCUACAGUUGUGAAAACGUAAAAUUAACAAUCCUCUCUAUAUUUCAAUCAAAAGAUUGUCACAUAUCAGCCACAAAAUGGCCGUUCGUGCACAGUUUGAAAACAGCAAUGAAAUCGGAGUGUUUGCCAAAUUGACAAAUGCGUAUUGCUUGGCAGCAAUUGGAGCUUCAGAAACAUUUUACAGUGUGUUUGAAGGAGAGCUCGCAGAUGUUAUUCCUGUUGUUCAUACUUCAAUUGCAGGAUGCCGCAUCGUUGGGAGAUUAUGCGUGGGCAACAGACAUGGACUCUUGGUUCCAAACAGCACAACAGAUCAAGAGCUGCAGCACUUAAGAAACUCACUGCCGGAUUCUGUUGCACUUCAGAGAGUAGAAGAGAAGCUGUCGGCCUUAGGGAAUGUCAUUUGCUGCAACGACUACGUAGCAUUGGUAAAUCCUGACUUAGACAGGGAGACAGAGGAAAUUCUCACUGACGUUUUGAAGGUUGAAGUUUUCCGACAAAUGGUCGCAGAAAAUGUCUUGGUCGGCAGCUACUGUAUUUUUAGCAACAGAGGUGGCCUGGUUCAUCCCAAAACUAAAAUUGAAGACCAGGAUGAGCUGUCGUCUCUUUUACAAGUUCCUCUCGUUGCAGGUACAGUAAACAGAGGCAGUGAUGUUAUUGGAGGCGGGAUGGUCGUGAACGAUUGGUGUGCAUUCUGUGGUCUGGACACAACGAGUACUGAACUUUCAGUGGUAGAAAACGUCUUCAAGUUGUCAGAUGCCCAGCCUAGUCACAUUGCCUCAACGAUGAGAGAGACUCUUGUAGACAGCCUUGCUUAAAAUGGUCAAGUUGGAAAAGCUUGUUAAAGAAGCAAAUAUUUGGAGCUGCCGUUGACGUCUCAACUUCCAAGACCCAACCCAAACCACUGAAUCCUUUCCUUGCAGAGGGUUUCAAAUGACAUCACAGUCAGCUCAUUAAAUUUAAUUGCACGCUGCUAGGCUUCCUCAUUGGAAUGGAUAUUGCACUUAAAAAACUGUUGUUAUGUUUCACUAACCCUUAUUCUCCACUAUUUGUUAUGUUUCACUCAGAAAUAAAACUAGACUAACGGAAGACGGAAAUGAAACUCAUGUUGGGAAACUGAAUUAUAGUUUCAACUCAUUUUAGAAAAAGGUUUCUUACCUCAGUAAAUCAAUGAACAUACGAGUUAAGAACGUUAUGUGGUGCGAGCAACGCCCUUGAGUCAUCUGCACCAGUCCAAUGGGCAUAGGGUGUUUUAUAGGGGGCUAAAACAAUGAGGUCGUAGUGUGUUUCCUGAGCUACAGAAAAGGGCUCCACAACACUGUAUUUUUUGUUUCAAAAGAAAUUAUUUAUGUGUCCUCGAUGAGCACAGAAGCAGCUUGUUUUUUUCGAAUUUUCCGAAGCAGACACAACUUUCUCCCUCCAGAAAUCAAAAACUAAAUCCCACUGCUUUGAACGAACAAUUACUUGUUAAAUGUAACAAGCUUAAUGGGAAGGUAUAUGUUUGGUCAUCUCUCUUAAAAUUUAAUUACAAAAACCUUUUUGUAAGAAGCCUACAUCAGCUUUCGAUAGUAUUAAGAAUGUACAGAAACUUUUCACUUCGAAGUAUAGUGGUUCCGUUUUGUAAAAAGAUAUGAGCUUUUUAAGCCCUCAUAUUUGAUUCUGAUUCAGAUGGUGUAUUCCUUUAGGGAUUAGCAGACAAUUGUUUUAAAAGUACUAUUUUUGGCUUAAAGGCAGUGGACACUUUUGGUAAUUACUCAAAAUAAUU